CUGGCCAUGAGCGCGGAGCUGCCCACCAGCCCCCUGGCCAUCGAGUAUGUCAACGACUUCGACCUGAUGAAGUUCGAGGUGAAGAAGGAGCCGCCCGAAGCCGAGCGCUUCUGCCACCGCCUGCCGCCCGGCUCGCUGUCCUCCACGCCCAUCAGCACGCCCUGCUCCUCCGUGCCUUCCUCGCCCAGCUUCUGCGCCCCCAGCCCCGGCGCGCAGGCGGGGGUGGCUCCCGGCGGGGCCGGCGCGGCCGCCAGCAAGCCCCAGCUGGAGGACCUGUACUGGAUGUCCAACUACCAGCAUCACCUGAACCCCGAGGCGCUCAACCUGACCCCGGAGGAUGCCGUGGAGGCACUCAUCGGCGCCCCCCACCACCACCAUCACCACCACCACCACCAGCCGGGCUACGAGGGCUUCCGGGCGCAGGCCUUCGGGGCCGAGGAGAUGCCGCCCUCAGGGCACCACCACCACGCGCACCACCACCACCACGCGCACCACCUGCGGCUGGAGGACCGCUUCUCGGACGACCAGCUGGUGAGCAUGUCGGUGCGGGAGCUGAACCGGCAGCUGCGCGGCUUCUCCAAGGAGGAGGUGAUCCGCCUCAAGCAGAAGCGGCGCACGCUGAAGAACCGCGGCUAUGCCCAGUCCUGCCGCUACAAGCGGGUGCAGCAGCGGCACAUCCUGGAGAACGAGAAGUGCCAGCUCCAGGGCCAGGUGGAGCAGCUCAAGCAGGAGAUCGCCCGCCUGGCCAAGGAGAGGGACCUCUACAAGGAGAAGUACGAGAAGCUGGCCGGCCGCGCCUUCCCCCGCGAGCCCUCGCCCGCCACCGCCCCGGGGAAAACCUCCGCUGACUUCUUCAUGUGAGGCUCCCCUGCGCCGGGGGCGAGGCUCUUCCCCACCCGCCCUGCACCCCUGUACAUAGAUCCCUGGCGCUGUCUCCCUCUCGGCUUCCUCCCAGCCGCCAGACCGGGAUGGACACGAGCGAUGGGCUGUCUGGGAUGGCUCGGACGGGGCCGAUCCUGCCUCGGGACUGGGUGGACGUGGGUUACGGGUCGGGCAGGGGACCGGACGAGACGGACAUGAGCGACGGA